AUGGUCCCCGCCCCAGACACCGACAACGAGGGGUUCAUCGAGAUCCACACGCCCAAGAUCCAGGGCGCGGCGACGGAGUCCGGCGCGAGUGUCUUCAAGCUGGGCUACUUUGAGCAGACCGCCUUCCUGGCCCAGUCGCCCCAGAUGGCCAUCGCCGCCGACUUCGAGCGCGUCUACAAGAUCGGCCGCGUCUUUCAGGCCGAGAACUCAAACACCUAUCGUCACAUGACCGAGUUCAUCGGGCUCAAUCUUGAGAUGGCCAUCAACAAACACUACCACGAGGCCGUCGACCUGCUCGACAGACUCUUCCUGUCCAUCUUCGGAGGUCUCCGGGCCUCCUCCGCCCCAGAGAUCCAGACCAUCAAGUCCCAGCACCCCCUCGACGACUUCACCUUCCUCGAACAGACCCUCCGCUUGUCCCACAAGGAGGCCGUCCAGUUCCUCAUUGACAACGGCAUCGAUAUCCAGCUUGGUCAGGAUAUGGGCACCAAGCAGGAACACAUCCUUGGUAAACUCAUCAAGGAAAAGGCCCGUCCUUGUUCUUCUUGUUAG